CCUUGCAGAGAGAGAGAGAGAGAUAGAGAGAGAUAGAGAGAGAGAGAGAGAGAGAGAGAGAGAGAGAGAGAGAGAGAGAGAGAGAGAGAGAGAGAGAGAGAGAGAGAGAGAGAGAGAGAGAGAGAGAGAGAGAGAGAGAGAGAGAGAGAGAGAGAGAGAGAGAGAGAGAGAGAGAGAGAGAGAGAGAGAGAGAAGCUAUAUAGGUCAAAACAUUUAUCCAAGAGGUCAAAUAACCAAUGAUGCAAAAAAUAUAUCCAUAGUUAGGGCAGACUCAUGUAGAUAUAGUUGCUGGCUGAUAAGUUAUUGGCUGAUAAAAAAUACAAUACAAGACUUGAUUCCAUUAAUAACCCCCAUUUUAGAUAUCGUAUAGCCUAUACUCUUGGCACCGGACCGCCAUCCCCCUUUGCACCGUCCUAUAAUGUAACACUGCAUCACUCAGAUGUUCAUAGGAAUCACGCAGGUCAAUGUAGGCUGAAUGGUGAUCGCUGUUAUGUGGGGUCAUGGACUCAUGUUUGGUGGUCACGUAUUUUGAGCUACACUCUCAGCCCACCGCUGACUGACAGAGGCUAUAGGUACAUGUACCACUUAGGACCACCGCGGUGCACGCGUCUUCUCAGAAGACCCAACAGACCACUGUCGAGGUGAACGCAGAAGGCCUUGGUGCGGUCGUUCAGAGAGCCUGCUUAGCCGCUGGUUCACCCGAGGAGGCCAUUGGCGAAGAGGCGUCACGUGAUCAGAGGGUGCCAAUGUUAUUCUACAAGGGUGUCAAGACCCUGUCAGUUUCUGAAAUAAAUAUUGGGAAACGGCGAGAUGCAAAAGGCAACCUACUACGACAGCUCCGCAAUUUACACUGGCUACCCGUAUCAAAGCGCAAAUGGCUUCAGUUAUGAUGCCAAUCAAGUCCAAUAUCCCCGGGCUUCUCAUGUGGAAAGUGAGUACCAUCGACCUGCAUGCUCCCUGCAGUCUCCCGACGGCUCCGUGGCCUUGCAAAAGCAGGGGGAGAUGGCAGAGAGCUGUGACAGAACCUCCGCCAUUCAGGCGGCACAGUCCACGGUACAUCCCGAAAGCAAUCAAGCACAGGUGUCGGUGUCAGGACCUCCUCCUCCCCCUCCUCCUCCACAAUCUCCCGACGCUGUCGCCCAAAACACGAGCAACGGGUCCAACCAGCCGGCUUGUGUAAAGAAUGGUUCGCCGACGUCAUCGGCACGCAGCAAGCAAAUCUUUCCCUGGAUGAAGGAAUCCCGCCAGAACACCAAGCAGAAACCCACCAGUAGCACCAGUUCAGUAGAGAGUUGCCCCGGAGACAAGAGUCCACCGGGGUCGGCGGCGUCGAAGAGGGCGCGGACAGCUUACACGAGCGCCCAGCUGGUGGAGCUCGAGAAGGAGUUCCACUUCAACCGCUAUCUCUGCCGGCCGCGAAGGGUGGAGAUGGCCAACUUGCUGAGCCUCACCGAGAGACAAAUUAAAAUUUGGUUCCAGAACCGUCGGAUGAAAUACAAGAAGGAUCAGAAGGGGGUGGGGAUGAUGCCCUCCCCUGGCGGCCAGUCCCCGCGCAGCCCCGGGGGGCCAGGUUCCGCGAAUGGCGGAGGAGGAGGAUACCUCAACUCUAUGCAUUCUCUUGUCAACAGUGUUCCUUAUGAAUCCCAGUCGCCGACGUCGUACAACAAACCCCACCAAAAUGCGUACGGUAUUGCGACGUCAUAUCCCCCUCCGUUGAACAGCUCUCUGAACAACUGCCCGCCCUCCCAGAAGAGGUAUGCUGGGACGGACUCGGCCACGCCCGAGUAUGACGCGCACCCUCUCCAAGGCAAUGGCAACUACGGGACGCACAUGCAGAGCAGCCCUGUUUAUGUUGGCGGAGGCUACAUCGAUUCAAUAGCCAACUCUGGGCCCUCCGUGUUCGGUCUGACGCAUCUCUCGCACCCGCCGUCCGCAAACAUGGACUAUAACGGAGCAAUCACAAUGGGCACCAACAGUCACCACCACGGAGUGUGUGAUCCGAACCCGACGUACACAGACCUUACGCCGCACUAUUCUCAGGGAAGAAUUCAGGAAGCGCCCAAACUGACGCAUCUGUAGCGGUGUGGCGCAGCCCACCCCAUUGUCUUAUACUUCCAGACAAAUUAUGUAUUUCUUUCUCAACGACCUCCUUGUGGCUUCCUCUUUCUCUCUGCUUUUAGUUUUUUUUUUUUUGUGUGUGUGAAAUAGCUUAGGAAAAAUAAUCACGCUUGCUUGAAUUCGUCUCUAUUUACUUGUGUCAUUGUUCCAAAAAAGCAUUAUUUGUGCAGUGGGAGGGGGGGGGGGGGGGGGGGGGGGGGGGGAUGAGGGGGCGCGCAACAUUAUAUGCAUACGCCUAUUUUAUCUUUUGCCGUUGUUGUUUUAAGGUCAACAAUCAAACAGGGUAUUAUGAACAUAUUUUUAUGCUAUUCAUUUUUAAUGUGAAUCAGUACGUUGUUUUUAUUUAUCCGCAUUUGAAGAAAUUGUGUUUUGCAUUUUGUUGCACGUGUGGAAGGAUUAUAGGGAACCACGAGCCGGGUUCACGUGGAAUGAUACAUUUUCAGAAGGAGGGUCUUGAGCUUACACAUGACCCCACCCCCUCCCCGCUUGUGUUGUUCAUAUUGACCUUCUUAUGUUAUUUAUUUAUUUUUUCGAAAAAAUAGAAUAGUUUAGUAUUAUUUGGAGGAUGUAAUUGAGCGUAUAGCGAUCCGUCCCAAUUCAUAGACCUACCUGUAGUUUCCAUCAGUUACUCAGCACCAGACUACUUUAUGGUCGCUGCUAUGGUUCUGUGCGUGUGUGUGUGUGUGUGUGUGUGUGUGUGUGUGUGUGUGUGUGUGUGUGUGUGUGUGUGUGUGUGUGUGUGUGUGUGUGUGUGUGUGUGUGUGUGUGUGUGCGCGUGCAUGAGUGUGUGCGUAGGCGUUCGUGUUAUUUUUUUGGUUUCUUGCAGGAGUUUUUAUUUUUCUCUAAGAAUGUAAAAUCAAUCAAUCAUGCAAUAAGGGUGGGAAGCGUUACACAUGAACAAUUUCUUUUAUUGAACAGAGAGAAAUAAAUAUCCUCUUUUUUAUUUCAAACAUUCCAUGCUGCUCCAGUUUGAAUAAAUAAAUAAAUGAAUUAAGAAAUAUA